AUGGUUUUCUUCCAAGGAACCCUCCAAGAGGGCAUCGCCACUGCUGUCCAGCGGGCCUUGUCCGUCGUCUGCUUCGUGACAGAUGGUGAGACUGAGAGCAAACUCUGGGAAGAUGACUUCUUCACUGAAGAAGAGAUCCACUCCCUUCUGGAAGCUCAAGCUAUCACCCUGCGCUUAGCCGCUGGGUCUCAGGAGGAGUCGUACCUUGCGCAGCUCUACCCCAUCCCGAGGAAGCCGACCGUCAUUGUAAUCAAGAACGCCAUGCUUCAGGAGUAUAUCGCUCCUGGAGUCAGCAAGGAAGAGUUUACCCGCAGGUUGAAGAAGGUCCUUGAGCCAGCCCAGACUGCGGCCCCAGCGGCUCCCCAACCCCAGUCUUCUUCCAGCCCUCAACCUCAACAUGCCCCUGAGGCUCAGCCAACUCGCGAGCCUGAACCAGUACCUGAGCUUCCUCAGUCCCAGCCCACGCCCUCCCCAGCACCAUCCGCGAACCAAUCUACCCCAGCCGAACCCUCUGCCUCAUCAGCAAGCGCCACAACCACAACGCCCUCAUCUUUAACCCCCUCAUCCACAACAAACGACCGCGUCGCCGCCCUCCUAGCCGAGAGGGCGGCCCGCCUCGCAGCCGAUAAAAAGCGUCAAGACGAACAAGAAAAGAAACGCCGCGCCGAAGCCGCGCGGGCUCAACGCGCCGGCCAGGGCUCAACUCCCGGCGCAGCGCGGCACCUCGAAGAGAUUCGCCGACAGCGCGAGCAGGCGAGGGAAGAAAGACAGCGGAUUUUGGAGAGGAUCGAGCAUGAUCGGGAGGAGAGGAGACGGGUUAGGGAGGAGAAUGAGAAGAGAAAAAGGGAGAUGAGGGAAGGCGGGGAAGUCAGGGAGGUCGGGGAGAUGAGUUCUGCGGGGGAGAAGCCGAAGAGGGGGGCGGAGAAUUGUGCGUUGCAGGUUAGGUUGUUUGAUGGGUCGACUAUACGGUCAAGGUUUCCGUCGAGUGUGACGUUGAGGGAGGUGAGGGAGUGGGUUGAUCAAGAGGCGAGGGGUUCGGCUGGGAGUGGAGGGAAGUACCUUUUCAAGGUGCUGCUCACGCCCCUUCCUAGCAGGACGAUCCCCUCGGAGGAGGAGGGCCAGACUCUGCUUGAGCUGGGGCUCGCCCCGUCAUCGACACUCAUCCUCGUGAGGGCUCCCCGCUCCCAGGGGGCCGGUGUCACAGCCCGGGCAACGGGGGCUGCUGAAGGUGGCGUUGCGGAGGGUAACAUCUUCCAGCGGUUUAUUGUUGCCAUCAUCGGCGUGGUGUUGGGAGUGUGGAACGGGAUUGUGGCAUUUUUUUCGUCGCUGUUUAGUACCCAGGGUGUGCCACAACAACCCGAGAAUGCCGCUCCUGCUCAAGAGAGGGAAUCUGCUGGGCGAACAUCGCAGAGGGAAGAAGCAACUGCUGUUGUGCGCAAACGUACGGGCGGACGGAUUGUGGGUUUGGAUCAGUUGAGGGAGGAGGGGAGGGGGGAUCAGCAGUAUUAUAAUGGAAAUUCGACCAAUUUCGAGCCAAGGCACGAUGAAGACGGGGAGUAG